CUCAGUUUGCAGCUGGAACUACUAGAUCAAGGUGCUGCUGUUACGAAAAUUGUAAAAUAAUCAUAUUAAUAUAUAUAUCUAUAUAUAUAUCUAUAUAUAUAUAGAUAUAUAUAUGCAUUUUUUUUCGUUUUUGAAUGAAUUUGAAGACCUUUCUUUAAAAGCUCAUGUAGUUGCGCUUGUUUUUUGUUUUUUUUCUUAGAAAUUGACUAAGCGCCUUUAAACAAAUAUUUUUUGGAGAUUAUUUUAUUUUAUUAAACGGUCAGUCCGGACAGGAGAGACAGGGCUGAAGCUUGGUUGAGCUCAGCAAUAUCAGAUUGAGGGUUGAUUUGGACGCAGCUCUCGGUGCCAACGCCUUUCCCUCUCUCUGAGCUUCUCCUCCCGGCUGGGGAACUUCUGCUCACACCGAGCCAGGAGCUGCGGAGCAGGGCGGUCUCUGAAGCCACUAUCCGAAGCCGAAAAAGUUGUUUUAGAGAAAAAACAAACAAAAAAUGGGCUGCACCAUCAGCGCCGACGAUAAAGCUGCAGUGGAGAGGAGCAAAAUGAUUGACAAAAACCUUCGAGAGGACAAAGAAAAAUCAUCCAGAGAGGUGAAGCUGCUUCUACUCGGUGCUGGGGAAUCUGGGAAAAGCACUAUUGUCAAGCAGAUGAAAAUCAUUCAUGAGGAUGGCUACUCAGAAGAAGAGUGCAAGCAAUACAAAGUGGUGGUGUACAGCAAUACCAUCCAGUCCAUCAUGGCCAUCAUCAGGGCAAUGGGGCUGCUGAAGAUAGAUUUUGGGGAUGCUUCCCGGGCAGAUGAUGCGCGGCAGCUGUUCACCCUGGCGAGCACAGCGGAGGAAGGAGUGAUGUCUCCGGAGCUGACCGGUGUGAUUCACAAGCUGUGGAACGACAGCGGUGUCCAGGCUUGCUUUGAUCGAUCUCGAGAGUAUCAGCUCAAUGACUCGGCUGCAUACUACUUGAAUGCCUUGGACAGGAUCUGCAAGUCGAACUACAUCCCAACUCAGCAGGAUGUGCUGCGGACCCGCGUGAAGACCACUGGGAUCGUAGAAACCCACUUCACCUUCAAAGAUCUCUACUUCAAGAUGUUUGAUGUCGGCGGUCAGCGCUCAGAAAGAAAGAAGUGGAUCCACUGUUUUGAAGGAGUCACAGCCAUCAUUUUCUGUGUAGCGCUCAGUGACUAUGACCUCGUCUUGGCUGAGGAUGAGGAAAUGAACCGGAUGCACGAGAGCAUGAAGCUGUUUGACUCCAUCUGCAACAAUAAAUGGUUUACGGUCACCUCCGUCAUCCUCUUCCUUAACAAAAAGGACUUGUUCGAAGAGAAGAUCGCCAGGAGUCCACUUACUAUCUGCUACCCUGAGUACACCGAUGAGAACUCAUAUGAAGAGGCAGCAGCUUACAUCCAGUGCCAGUUUGAAGACCUAAAUAAACGAAAGGACACAAAAGAUAUCUACACCCACUUCACUUGUGCCACAGACACCAAGAAUGUGCAGUUUGUGUUUGAUGCGGUCACUGAUGUCAUCAUCAAGAUCAACCUGAGAGAGAUUGGACUCUACUGAUGCUCCUGCUACCUUCCAGGUGAUUUGAAAGAUUCUGGAUUUCUGGGAUGUCUUGACGAAUUGGAACAUAGUUUUUAACUAAAGACUACACUUGUGGCCUAGCUACAAGCAGGAUCUAAAGGGCAACUCUGGCCACUUUUCUCUCAGUUAAAUUUUCAGAUGUGGUGCACACUUGAAGAAAGUGACCUAGGGACGUUUGAAAUGAUUUCUGUGAGUCCAGAUGUAUUUAAUAUCAUUUGAUUAUCCAGACACAUGAGGUCUCACUUGCAUUCACAUAUACUGUAGUUUGUCAUCUGCAAAAGGACCAAAACAGAAAAGAAAAAGAAAAAAUAGCUCAACACUACAUUUCACCGUGGUUUAUGAAAAUUCAGUUCACAUUUCUAUUUGUUGUGUCUUGUCUUUAAUGUCUGUGUUUAUCUUUUAACAACUUUUUGCUUUUUGGUAAGUUUUAUUUUAAUUAUUAGAUGUUGUUUAUCGAUUUAAUACUUUUAAUAUUUGUAGUAUGUGAAAAGAUUUUGAUGUGAGCAGUUUAUAUAUAUUAUAUGUGAUGUUAUUGUUUGAAAGCAGAUAGAGUCCAAUGAAAUCAGUUGCAUACCAAUUGUCCACUUAGUUAUUGUGAUUUAAACUAGAGCACAAUGUAGUGAACAAUAUUUUAAUCCUGAAACAAAUCCCUGAUGAAAUCAGUUUGAAAGGACAUUUUUAUUUUAUUCUGCUUGUUUAUUCACAUUUUAUUUUUUAAGUGGACUAUAAAUAUGGCUAAUAUUAUUUAAUCAGUAAAGGUCAAUUCUUGUCUGUUUUUUCUUUUGAGGUGAUAUACUGAAAACAUAAAAGUGGGUAUCUUUAUAGAAAUGUAGAGGUGUUUUUGGCCUUUAGCCAUGCUUAUAAUAUUUGCUGCUGCUGUGCAGUCAUGGUAAAAAUAAAAUUUCCCUUAAUGUUAAUGUGGUUAUCUGAAAAAAUAAAUACACCCUCGCUGCUUCAAUUGGACUGUAGAGUUAAAAUAACAGCCAAUUUAGGGCGUUCCCCCAGGAGUGAAUGUCUCAGCAAGUUCCAUUUUUGGCCAUUUUUGAAAAAUACUGAACGAGAAUAGUAGUAGGAGAAUGUAUCUUUGCUCUCAAAUGAAUGCAGCCAUAUGUUUUAGAUUAGCAAGGUUUCAUCAUAAUGAACCCAGAGACGUCUGUCAUCCUAUGGUAAGUUGAAACCAAAGUAGAGCUUCAUCACCACGAUUUUAGAUAACUCAACAUAUAUUAGAACACGUACCGCCCGUCAGCUUUCAAGCAUGAUGGUGGAAGGAUUUGGGUCUGUUCUGCAACCACAGGACCUGGCCACAUUCUAGACAUUAAGUCGAACAGCCGGACUCCGCUGUAUACCAAAGUUCUCAGUUCAAGAGAAUUAGUUAAAGUUUGGCCUACAUUUGGUCAUCAAUAGGACAAUUAUUUGAACACAGCAACAAAACUACUACACUGAAAAAAAAAGGAUGAAGGUGUUACAUUGACUCUGAUCCAGAACUGGACCUGGUUGACAUGCUUCAUUGUGGGACCUCAAAAGAAGUUGUGUAGAAACUCCAUGUUAUUGUUACUAAAUUUGGUUUUAUACAUUACUGAACUACUGGGUUUACCAAUUUCUUCCCUCCAUGGUGUUCUGUUGAAAGGCUCCCACAGGACACCCAAAAUGUUUGCACAUGUUUGGAUUAAUUUUAAGCAGAUACUGAUCCUAAAAUCAGGAUAAGUCAGGCUUUAUUACUGAAGGACUGAAUUACAGAGGAUAUUAUUUAAAGAACAAUGCUGGCAUAGUCGGUCCAUGAUCAAAGAAGGAUAUCUCGUGACAGAGAUCAUCAGGACAAUGAUUUUACACUUCAGGGUUACAUCUGUCUUAACAGAGAGCUUUUGUGUUCCAGCUGUUGUGCAAAGGCUAAAGCUUGUAAACAGCAAAAUAAAGUCUGACUUUCAUUAA